GGGUGUUCUCCUUCCCCUCUCCUGCCCUCUGUCGCCUCUGCCGCUGCGGCCGACCUCGUUGGUCUUGAGUCGGUCGGUGCGGCGUUUGCCCUUAGCGGGAGACGCCGCUCUGGCAAGGGCAAGGGGGGCAAGGGAGCGGGUGGGGCCAGUGGGGGCGGUGGAGGUGGAGGUGGAGGCGGCGGAGGGAGUGGGGGUGGCGGUGGAGGUGGUAGCGGGGGUGGAGGUGCUAGUGGCGGCAGUGGAGGCGGGGGUGGCGGCGGCGGUGGCGGUGGUAGCGGAGGUGGCGGAGGUGGCGGCGGUGGAGGCGGAGGCGGGGGCGGUGGAGGUGGAGGCGGGGGUGGCGGAGGUGGAGGUGGUCGGAGUGGAGCUUCGCAGCGGAGCAGCACUGGGGGAGGUCAGCCACAGCAGCAGCAGCAGCGUUCUCGCGACGUCCCCACCCCUCAGCAGCUCCGUGAGUGGUACACGCAGCGUCAGCGCGGUGGGGGUUUUGGUCCCUGCACCUACGUUCUCCGCACUGGCGACCGCGCUGGAGAGCAGUGUGGGGGCGCCCACACCGCCCAGCGCUGCUUUCACCGCCUGA